AUGGCCGAUUUUCGACAGCUUGCGCUCGAGCCGCACAAGGCAAAACUUCAGACCGCCGCCCCCGCGACAAACCCUGUCGCCCGCUGGGUAGAGUCUGUACAGGCCUGGAUGCCAGGAAGCAGCGGUGACAGCCAUGACUCUCAGGAACAGCCCGACUGGACGGCGCGAGCUAAAGCUUUGGAGUUCUUAUCCCAAACCCUCGAGCAUGUCGGCAAUGACGUAUUAAAGGCUAGCCAAGUCAAACUCUUAAUUGGCUUCUUCGGUGCCAUGUUCGAUGUCGAUCACAAGGCAGGCGUUCUGCCAUCUGCUUCGGCCCUCUCGAAGAUCGUCGCCAUGAAAUCGUUCCAGCCCUCGACUGGUUACGAAAUCAUCCAAAAAGUGUGCACCCUCAAGGACGACUUCUCCCGCCAAAUAGCCAAGACCCGACUGGCAGUAUACACACUCUUGCGCUCUCUCAUAGGACACAAAGAUGUCUCCGCCAACAUCAGACGUCGUGAUGAUAGUACUAGCUUUAUUGUUGAGCUGAUUGAACUGUGCCGCAGCGAGCGCGACCCCGACUGUCUACUCGUCUGGUUCGAUAUCGUACGCAUAUACAUGUUGCAGUAUGCUCCCGAAAAGGAGGCUCUGGAACAUGUAUACGGCAGUUUCAAGGCCUACUUUCCCAUCACCCUCCCGCGAACCGCGCAGAGCAAGGUCACUCCCGAAGAGCUCAAAUCACAAUUGCGCAAAUGUUUCGCAGCCCACCAUGCGCUGGCAGAUAGCACUAUUCCAUUUCUGGUCGGAAAGUUGGAUCAAGGAGAUGGUGUCACAGUCAACGUCAAAGUGGAUGUGCUUCGCACCCUCAAAGCGUGCCUGGAACAAUAUGAAGAACCCAAGCAGUCUGUGGUGCCUUUCGCCAAUCGUAUAUGGGGCAGCCUCAAGUACGAAGUCCGCAAUGGGGAGAUUGAGGAUACAAUCUGGGCCACUCUAGAAGCCCUCAAGGCUCUUACGACUCGCUUAAGCGGAGACGACUUGCGUGACUUUACGCUCAACGUCACCCGUGACUGUGUCAACGACCUCUCGAAUGCCAUGUACGCUGGUCCGGCAGGCCGACUACUUGUUGCGAUUCUGAGCGCGUCACCAGCCGCAUUUGUACUGAUGGUAGCUCCAGCUAUUACUCACAUCAAGGAAAACCUGCGUCACCCAAAGUCCGAGUCACAUAGUCAGGAUCUGCUGAGGCUGCUGAGGGUAAUUCUCGAGACCCGCAUAUUACUCAUGAAACACACGAUUACUGCCGAGGAACUGACCGAUUUUAUCUCUAUUGACACUGUUUUCAAGACGCUCUACGAUGCCGUUUUCCAGUCUCCAUUAAUGGCCGCAAAAAACGCCAACGCAUCCCAAGAAGAACUCAAAAUUGGCGCGGAAGCAGUUCAAGGCGCUGCUGUACUUCUUUGCGAACGGGCUUCAAUUGCCGUUGAUGCCACAGCAGAAAGGCCUCGACUACUCUCUGACGAAGCCUGUGCGGAGAUUUGUGAUACGCUAUUCGAGAUUGCCACACGCCACUCGCAGGACCCCCGACAACACCCUUCCGCAUCUGAUGAACUCGUCAAUGAGACGGCAAGGUCUCUCCAGCGCAUUGUUCUAGAUCUACCAGCUGCUUUCACCACUCUCUUGCAAAAGGGUACGGCUACCAUUCGGAAGUGUUUGAAUGGACAGGACGCCGAUGCUGCGAAAACAAUCCAAGAUCUAGGGUCGAUGUUGGCAUAUGUCGGCUGCUCCGAACUUCCAUCGCCGCCCUCACCAGGACUUGCACACUUUGUUACGCUUGUCUCUGCACUGACAAACGAGCUGUUGGCAGCUAUCGAAUCCAAGGCCGACAACAAGCUCUGGUGCUCGCUAGUCGCCGGUAUUCAGUCAGCCUGCCGCUACUUCAACGAUGCCUGCUUUGAGCAAGACUUAGAUCGCAAUAAGCUCCACGUGUCAACCACGUGGCUGAGUGACAUCACGAACCUGUACCCUGAACUCAAGAGCGUGGGCAACCCCCAUGCCAGUCACGAAGUGGAUAUGCUGAGGUCGAGCACUGUCAAGUCCAUGGCGGAUAUAUACGGCGAAUUUCUUUUGAUAACGUUAUUCAUUGUUAGAACGCUGUAUCGCAAGGCAGCCCAUACCAUAGGCAACAUCGGCAACGAGAGCAUAGUGCUGAGCGAUGACUUUCCUCGCGACGAUCAGCUUUCUGCAUCUCAAUACUUGUAUCUGAUAUCCAGCCUCGCGAGCUUCGUUACGCACAAGUUCACCGAGACACAACAAGCGGCGCUGGCUGCUGAGACAUGGGCUAUCAACUUAUUCCAAGAUGGUUACGCAACAACACCGAGCUCGUGGAGGUGGCUUGUCAAUGGCCGCGUCAAUUCGUUGACAUUCGGGAUCGUGGAGGCGUUGCACCCGGCCCGGGUAGCCAAGCUGUUUGAUGGCGAUGUUGGGCAACAAAUGCUUGUUGCCGUCAUCUCGAACACAGAAAGAGAUAACAGCGCGACCGCAACUGCCGUAUCCAAGUCUAUCCUGAGCAUACUUGCCAACAAAUACACGCUGGAGACGGCCGAACCGGUUUUAGAUGCUAUCAACACACAGUUGGCUAAUGCACUCCUGAACUCUGCAGAGUCAUCCAUCGACAAGGCUAUUCCAAUUCUUGCUAUUGCUGCUGGCCUGUUGCGUCGAUACAACGGAAAGCAGACACAGCGUUUGGUUGAGCUUAUCCGUGACAGCCCCAAGAACAAAGUAAUUGGUUAUAACAUAGCGCGCCUCCUUGAGCUCAUUGCCGCUCCGCAGAGCUUUCUAUCCAAGGAUGCCUACGCAGUCGUUAAACCGCUAUGGAUGCAGAAGCUAUACGUCCAAAUGGUACAACACAUGCUGCAGUCCGCCCUGUCCACGGGCCAAGUUCCUCACGACAACCUCGCCAAGGCUAGCUUUGGCUUGGGUGUGCUGAUGCUCGUGAAGCACAUGCCCUACUCGAUAUACGAGGACGACGUGGAAAAGGUACUACGCGUUGCUAUCUCGGUCGCCCAAACUGCUGGUAUCGGCACCGAUACACUGGCCGCUCUCGCUGUGCUCAAAACGGUUCUGACAGAGGCGCCUGAGAAGUCGCAGGACCAUAUCCGCAGCAUCAUUGGUAUCUGCACGAGCACCUUUGCUGUGGAUGAGGAGCCCAAGCCAAAACCUGACUGGGUGCCGGACUACAUUGCCGCGCCAUCGCGUGAUCCAGAGACGUUGGCUCGCUGUAGCAAGAGCGGGCUUCAAAUCCUGGGUGGCCUACCUCGACUAGUCGAGUCUCGCUAUCUUUUGGCUUAUGUGCCGCAGGUGGGAAGGGUUCUUGCCGCAGCGUGCGGCCACAGAGUCCGCGAAGUUCGUGUGUCUGCUCGUGCAGCACGUGUUGCAUGGGCAGAAGUCAAGUAG